AUGACCAAUUACUAGCAUCAACUCCAAUAGAAAUAGCUUAAUCUAAAAUAGCAGUUUAGAGUUCCUCACAACCAUCAACAUCAAUAAAACCUGUAACAUAUUUGAAAUCUCUUUAAAUUGAAGUUUUGCAUGUUUAAUCUUUUCCUACAUAUGGAUAAUCUGACGCACUUGCAAUGCCGUGAUCUCUGACGUAUUCAAAUCCAGAAUCCAUCCAUCCUCCAGUACAACCUUAAUUACCAUAUGGACCUGAACAAUCCAACAUAUCCUACUCAGAGAGUGAGGAUUAUAAUCCAAAAUUGAUAUUGCCGUUGAUUUCUAAUACACCUACUGCAGCAAAUGCCCAUGAAGAACCACAUUAUGUUCCUUAAUCUUUAAUUGGUGGCACCUUGCCUUCUUCAAC